AUGAGUACGUACAAAGAAAGGAAGACGCAGUUUGUCAGCGACUUAGUUGGUGGCUCGACGUUAGAUAUUUAUCUGGUUACCUCAAUCAGUGCCAUCUCCUACUUAAUAUGGUGCGUUCUAAAGAGGAGAACCAACGUGUUCUCUGAAGGAAUUGUGGGCAAACUGGUUGACUUUCAACUCAGUUGGAACAAUCUUCUGUUUUCAACAACAAUAUACUCCAAUAACAUUCCAUUGCUUGUGGUACUGAAUAUUUUACCUCUUGUUCCAGUUUUUGCGUCAUCAUCGGUCACGUCACUCACAACUAAGACAGCCAGAAAAAUCACUGUCAAUCUCAGAAAUAUGACGGUGAAGCAAUUGCUUCCCUUUAAAACAUUUGUUACCGUGUACAGAGCACAGAUGAUGGUUAUAACGUGCAUAUGUAUCAUGGCGGUAGAUUUUCCUGUAUUUCCUCGUCGUUUUGCAAAAGUCGAAACUUGGGGAACUAGUUUAAUGGAUUUGGGUGUUGGAUCGUUUGUGUUCAGCAUGGGGUUGAUUAAUGUAAGAUCUUACAUUAGGCAGAUAUUUGAGGGCAGAUUUAGCUAUUUCAGGAAUUUGACUGCUACAGUCAAAAGUUGUGUUCCUAUUCUAAUUCUGGGUUGCAUACGAUUAAUUAGCGUAAAAUCAGUUGAUUAUCAUGAACAUGUCACUGAGUAUGGAAGACAUUGGAAUUUCUUUUUUACCCUUGGAUUUUUGCCUAUCUUAAAUGCUCUUUUGGCACCUAUCAUUGUGAAGCUAUCUCCAGUUUUAACUUCUAUUUUGGUUUCAAUUGUAUACGAGUACAUAUUGCUCCAUGGCGGGCUUGAAUAUAUUGUUGCGAGUUCAAGAGAUGACCUGUUUUCUGCAAACAGGGAGGGCAUUUUUUCAUUGCUUGGCUAUUUUGCCAUCUUUUUGAACGGCUUUGCAUUAGGUGCAGCCAUUUUGCCAGUUGUGCCACUGCCUAAUUCAUUCUUUCGAGUUGGUAUUAAGAGAGAGGAUCUUAUCAAAAAAUACAGUGGUGGAUUCAAAGGACGUUCAUUUUUGGGCACAUUGUUCUAUGCCGCCGUUUUCUUUCAGUUGGGUUAUUUCAUUAUCGACACCUGUUAUUCCUAUUCCGUAUCCCGUCGUAUGGCAAAUAUGUUGUAUGUUAUUUGGGUUUCUGCUUACAACUGCUCAUUUUUAUUUAUAUAUGGAUUGAUUGAGAGAUUUGUGAUGGGAGGAAUGGAAACAACUGUUAUCUCUGAUGAAGGCUCGGAUGUUGAAACUGUUAUAGAUGACCUCAUCAGUCAAGAAUAUAUUCCGGCUUCUUUAGAUGCUGUCAAUCGAAACUCACUGGUUUUAUUUUUAGUUUCUAAUUUGGUGACUGGGUUGAUAAAUUUGACCAUCAACACAAUUGAUUGCGGUGCUUUUGAGAGUACAGGGAUUUUGCUAGCUUAUGAAAUCCUUCUAGCAGGUUUUACAAUGUUUUUGUACCACCACAAAAUUUUCAUUAGAUGA